UUCUCCGAAAAUGCUAACGUGCACACCGGUGGUCCCUCCCCUGAACUCCACCCCUCUGCUCCAUAUAAUUCCUUCUCUCUCCAAUCCACCACUCACCGUACCACUCCGCCAUGGGUUCUGCUACGCUGCUUCUCGCCCUACCCUUCCUCUCGGUGCUCAUCACUGCGCCGAGAGCUCAGGCCAGCUUCAAAUGCAGCUCCGGCCCCACCUGUAACGCUCUCGUCGGCUACGUCUCCCCCAACACCACCACUCUAUCCGCCAUCCAGACUCUCUUCGGCGUCAAAAACUUUCGAACUCUACUCGGCGCUAACUCCCUCCCGGCCUCGACCCCAACGAACCAAAGCGUAGCCGCGAAGGACAAGAUCGUCAUCCCCUUCCGCUGCCGCUGCUCUAACGGAACCGGAAUUUCGAACCACCGGCCGGUGUACACUGUGCAGAAGGACGACGGACUGUACCACAUCGCGGCGGAGGUGUUCGCGGGACUGGUGACGUAUCAGGAGAUUCAGGCGGUGAACAACAUUCCGAAUGCGGAUUUGAUUGAAGUAGGGCAAGAGCUGUGGAUUCCGCUGCCGUGUAGCUGCGAUGAGGUGAAUGGAUCGAAGGUGGUGCACUACGGGCACGUGGUGGAAUCCGGAAGCUCCGUGGAGGAGAUCGCGGAGGAGUACGGAACCACCGAAGAGACGCUGUUGGAGCUCAACGACAUUACAGAUCCCAAGAAUCUUAAGGCCGGUGAUGUUCUUGAUGUUCCCCUCAAAGCUUGUACUUCUGUGGUAAAGAACACCUCAUCGGACUACCCAUUACUCCUCUCUAAUGGUACUUAUGCCUACACUGCAAACAAUUGUGUGAAGUGCCAGUGCUAUUCUGCAAACAACUGGAUAUUACAAUGUGAGGAAUCCGGGCUUAAUAUAACAAAUGGAACGUGCCCUAGCAUGGAAUGUGAGAGUAGUGGUUUAUCCAUUGGCGACUCCACAUCUACCACUUGUAACAGCACAACCUGUGCCUAUGCUGGUUACACCAACCAAACAAUCUUCACAAGCCUUGUUGAGUCCACUUGUCCAUCUACUAACAAUGCUCCCAGCUAUGCUUCGAAAAUCACUCUGCCCAGUUGGAGAUGGAACUUUGUUUUCAUAGUAAGCCAAUUGGUUAUGCUUUAUCUUCAUCAUUCCCAGUAGGAUUUCUAUGCUUCUCUAUCAUUUCUUCUGCAUUUUUGUUGCGGCAUCUGUUCCAAUCCGCUGGUAAUUCUAAUGUUAGUGUCUAUUUGUGAGUUUAAUUUUGGUGGUGUAUUUUUGUACUGGUUAGUUUCGUGAAUAAAGAAUGGGCAGAAAAUAAAACCUUUUUUUCUUGA